GUGAAGGGUGAAGGGUGACGGGGGCGGCGGGACCGGCGACGGCGCGUGUGUGCAGCGGCCCAGGGAUGGGGCGAUUCCCGGCCGCGAAGCCGGCAGCCCCGGCGCGCAGGAAGCCCCAGCAGCGGCGGGACAGCCAACCCAAGAUGAGCAAUAUGAAGCCCCAAAAUACUGAUGAGCAAGAGAUUCCGUACAAACUCCGUGAAAUAAUGAGAAGUAAAGAGAAUAUGAAGAAAAAGACCAAAAGAAAGAAGACAAAAGAAGCAAAACAAACCAGAACGCCUACUUCAGGAGACUCCGAUUCCUUUGGGACUAUACCAGUUCCGAAGUUUAAGAGGAAGAAAAGGGAAUCGGUGAAAGAUUUUAUUCAGCGGAUGGAGCAGGAGACGAAGCAUGUAAUGUUCAUGAGCAACCAGCAGCUGCCACGCUAUCCUGAGAUGGAGGACACGGAGAAGAAAGAAGAAGGAGAAGGACCAGUGAACACAAAGUCUGAGAAAAAGAAGGAAUCCGAUAAAAAAAGGUUGAGAAGGCUCAUUGGUAAGAAAAUUGAAAGAAAGGAGAUGAAACUGGAGAAAGAAAUGUUUACAGACGUAGUGGCAUUUGGAGAAGUGGCCAUGCAACCACCCACCCUCACCGCUCAACCCAGGAAGAGCCAGGCUACCAAUAUGCCUGGUCGCCGACAGUUGCUUCUGAAAUCUUUGAUUGGGGAGGACAAGUAUGGCACAGAACGGACAAAGGAGACCACCCGAAAUGUUAACUUGCCCACUAUGUCCAUGGCUCGCCAGAGGAUCAUGUUGGAGGAGCGGGAGAGAGUCAUUAAGGCCUAUAGAGCUCUGAAGAAACAAAAGCUGCAAGCUCUGACACAGAGUUAGAACAGCAUGGACAAUGCGAAGAUGGCGGCACGGUGGCGCAGCGGUAGACUUGCUGCCUUACAGUGCUUGCAGUGCCAGAGACCCGGGUUCGAUCCCGACCAGGGGUGCUACCUUAACGGAGUUUGUACGUUCUCCCCGUGACUGAGAUCUUCGGUUUUCUCCCACACUCACAAAGACGUACCAGUUUGUAGGUUGAUUGGCUUUGUAUAAACCUAAAUUAUAGGAUAGUGUUAAUGCGGGGAUCACUGGUCGGUGCGGACUCGGUGGGCCAAAGGGCCUGUUUCCGCGGUGUAUCUCUAAAUUAAACUAAACUAAAAAGAUUCGUAGGAAGGAACUGCAGAUGCUGGUUAAACAUAACCUAAACUAAACAGUUAAAAUGCACCAAAACUGCUGGAAUAACUCAGCAGGACAGGCAACAUCUCUGGAGAGAAGGAAUGGGUGAUGUUUCGGGUCGAGACCCUUUUUUUCAGACGAAGAGACAAAAGAUGCUGAAUCAACAGCAAUCUUCCCAGCUAAUGAUUCUCAAAAUGGUGGCAGCGGGGAAGGAGGUCAUUUUAUGAGAACAAUCCAGCGAAUUCCACUCCCGAAUGGCUGCUGAUCUUUUAUUUAAUGAGUGGCACCAUUUUGAUAUAUUAAAGAAUGAUUUAUCAUUUGGUAGGAGCUUAUACAUUUCCAGCUAUAAAGUAGUCUAUUGUCAUACAUCUCAAAUAAUGUGCAACCCAGACAUUAGUUGGAGUUUGUUGUGCUCAAUAGCCUGAUGAUUGUUGGAAAGAAGCUGUUCCUGAACCUGGACGUUACAGGUCUCAGACUGCUUUACUUCCCGAUGGCAGGAGUGAAAUACCUUCAUCUCGAUGGCAGGAAUGAAAAAGGAUGGUAGUACAUUCAACUUGUGGAACCAUGGAUUUAUACUUGUAAUUCUCUCUAUGUCUGGCUGCCUGAAAAAAAAGCUCUUCGUUUGGAAAUCGCAAUCGACCUUGGUUAUAACUUUGAAUCUAAGAUGCCUUCACGAUGAUUGUUUACUUAGUUUAGUAAUACAGCACAGAAACAGGCCAUUCAACCCACAAAGUCCGCGCCGACCAGCGAUUCCCGCACACUUACACUUACACUAGGGACAAUUUACAAUUAUACCAAGUCAUUUAACCUACAAAUCUGAACGUCUUUGAAGUAUGGGAGGAAACCAGAGACCCCGGAGAAAAACCAACCAGGUCAAGGGGAGAAAGUACAAACUCCGUACAGUCAGCACCCGUUGUCAGGAUCGAACCCGGGUCUCUGACACUUUAAGGCAACAACUGUACCGCUGCGCCAUCUUAUAUUUGGCUUAUUAUUUUAAACUUGUUGCGUUUAAAAAUGUUUUGCUCAUUUAAAGAUAUCAAGUCUGCGUGUGGACCAAUAGAGGAGGAAAGUGUUGAGAAAUGCCAACGACCAUUGAAUCAAUGAGGAGUAGUUUAGCCUAAUAAAAUCCAAUGCAAAAUGCAAGAUGUGAUCCAACAUACUUAUUAGCAGCAAAGAGACAAAGUGCUGGAGUAUCGAGUUACAUUUAGCUCUUAAGGAUAACAGAAUCAAGGGAUAUGGGGAAAAAGCAGGAACGAGGGUUUUGGAUGAUCAGCCAUGAUCAUAUUGAAUGACGGUGCUGGCUCGAAGGACCAAAUGGCCUUCUCCACCUAUUUUCUAUGUUUCUACCUUAGCAGGUCAGUCAGCAUCCAGCAGCGAAGUAGGGUCCUGACCCGAAACGCCACCUAUUUAUAUUCUCCAGAGAUGCUGCCAGGCCUACUGAAUUGCUCCAGCACUUUGUGGUUUUUAGACAAUAGGUGCGAGAGUAGGCCAUUCGGCCUUUCGAGCCAGCACUGCCAUUCACUGUGAUCAUGGCUGAUCAUCCACAAUCAGUACCCCGUUGCUGCCUUCUCCCCAUAUCCCUUGACUCCGCUAUCUUCAAGAGCUCUAUCUAACUCUUAUGAAAGCAUCCAGAGAAUCUGCCUCCACUGUCUUCUGAGGCAGAGAAUUCCACAGAUUUACAACUGGGUGGAAAAGUUUUUCCUCAUCUCCAUUCUAAAUGGCCUACCCCUUAUUCUUAAACUGAGGCCCCUGGUUCUGGACUCUCCCAACAUCGGGAACAUGUUUCCUGCCUCCAACGUGGCCACUCCCUUAAUAAUCUUAUGUUUCAAUAAGAUCCCUUCUCAUCCUUCUAAAUUCCAGUGUAUACAAGCCCAGUUGCUCCAUUCUUUCAACAUAAGACAGUCCCGCCAUCCCGGGAAUUAACCUUGUUUUUUUUUGCUCAAGAUUCCAGCAUUUGCAGUUCCUCGUGUCCAGAUAUUUGCAAACCUACUCUGUCUACUGCUGAGCUGUUUACCCUCAUUUCCCUAGCACAGUUAUCGGUUGAGUUCUGACUAUUAUGCAGCUUUCUGGAAGCGUUUUGUUGAUCAUUCAUGUUUUAAGAAGGUUUUGUCUGUUAUUUGCUUGACUUGUUUUUUUUUUAAUGAGAUAGCAGCUAUUUGUAAUAGCUUCCAGUGAAAGCAUGUGAAUGGGGAUACAAAUUUAGCUUGUAAAGUAUGUUGGUGCCUGGCUAAUAACUCUGAAGUAAAUGAUUUAUGUUUUGAUAACCAGCAGCCAUAUAUAAAUCUAGUUUUACAUCAUGUGCUGCAGCAUGAUUUACAUUGCAAACUCUUUCACACCAGACUUCCAAUGUAGAAGACCUCAAAUUACGAGCUACCCUGACAAUAAAUAUUGAAAGAUUUUGCGAGAA